AGCGGCUCGCUCUAUUAUGUUGCUUUGCUGAAAUAAGAGGAGAGCUGUAAGGACGGCUGCAAGCAAAACGCUGUUGGAACCGCAAAGGGGGAAAGUCUAACCCUGGAGAUGGGAUGCAAAUCCCAUUUGGGCUGUAAAGAGCACAGCAGAGGAUUACCACAGUACUGAAAUCCAGACAGACUUAAAGGAGAGAAGAAAGCAACUACAAAGCUGCAAAAUACAAAUAAGUUAAUUUAAGUCCAACUGUAACUUUCCCCUAAAAAGAUGUCUGCGGUGACUUCAGCAAUUCAGACUCCCCAGUCCGGGGUGAAUCCUGCUCCACCUGAGGUCACCAAUCCUAACAAGAAGGGCAGGAAGACUAAUCAGCUGCAGUACAUGCAAAAUGUAGUGGUGAAGACCCUGUGGAAGCAUCAGUUUGCUUGGCCAUUCUAUCAACCUGUUGACGCAGUCAAAUUAAGCUUGCCAGACUAUCAUAAAAUAAUCAAAAACCCUAUGGACAUGGGAACUAUCAAGAGAAGGUUGGAGAAUAAUUAUUAUUGGAGCGCCAGUGAAUGUAUGCAGGACUUCAACACAAUGUUUACUAACUGCUACAUAUACAAUAAGUCUACAGAUGACAUAGUUUUGAUGGCCCAAGCUUUGGAGAAAAUCUUUCUGCAGAAAGUGGCGCAGAUGCCCCAAGAAGAGGUGGAACUUCUCCCACCUGCUCCUAAAAACAAAGGCCGUAAACCAACAGUAGCGCCAAACACAGAGAGUCAACAAGUGGCAGCAGUGUCCUCUGUUUCACCGCCUCCAUCAUUCCCAAGUGCCCCUCCUGCUGUGUCUCAAACUCCCGUCAUUGCAGCAACUCCAGUGCCAACAAUCACGCCCAGUGUGCCCUCGGUUCCAGUGACCCCACCACCUGCUCCCAUGAUCCCUGUUGUUCCUUCUGCACAACCUGUUGUUAAGAAGAAAGGCGUGAAGAGGAAAGCAGACACCACAACACCUACAACUUCAGCAAUCACAGCAAGCCGCAGCGAGUCCCCCACUCCAUUACUGGAGCCUAAACAGACCAAGGUGGUGUCUAGGAGAGAGAGCACAGGACGGCCCAUUAAACCACCUAAGAAAGACUUGGAAGAUGGGGAGGUGCCCCAGCAUGCUGGGAAAAAGGGAAAGCUAAGUGAACAUCUCAAGUACUGUGACAGCAUCCUAAAGGAAAUGCUUUCUAAGAAACAUGCCGCUUACGCCUGGCCCUUCUACAAGCCUGUUGACGCAGAAGCCUUGGAACUGCACGACUACCAUGAAAUCAUCAAGCACCCCAUGGAUCUCAGUACUGUCAAAAAAAAGAUGGACAGCCGAGAGUAUCAAGAUGCACAAGGCUUUGCAGCUGACAUCCGGUUAAUGUUCUCAAAUUGUUAUAAGUACAACCCUCCAGACCAUGAAGUUGUGGCGAUGGCUCGAAAAUUACAGGAUGUCUUUGAGAUGCGCUUUGCUAAAAUGCCAGAUGAGCCAGUGGAGCCCACGCCACCCCCUGCACCCCCUACAGCUCCUGUAGUCAGCAAGAGCACAGAAAGCACUGACAGCAGUGGGGAUACAUCGUCUGACUCGGACAGCUCCGACUCCGAGGAGGAACGCGCCACGCGACUUGCAGAACUGCAGGAACAGCAAAUCACUGUGGAUCGCCCCAAUGGUAACAUGGCAGGAAAAAAAAAUGGGCGUGCCAAAAGUCUUCAGCUAAAAGCAGUACAUGAGCAGUUAGCGGCUUUAUCCCAAGCUCCAGUAAGUAAACCAAAGAAGAAGAAAGAAAAAAAAGAGAAGGAGAAAGAGAAGAAGAAAAAAGACAAAGAUAAAGACAAGGAAAAGCACAGUAAAGUGAAGACUGAAGAGGAGAAGAAAGUCAAAGCACCACAGCCUGCCAAGCAGACACAGCCGAAGAAAGCACCAGCCAAGAAGGCAAACAGCACUACUACAGCCACCAGGCAAAUCAAGAAAGGAGGCAAACAGCCAGCAGCCAGCUAUGACUCUGAUGAAGAGGAAGACUCCUUGCCAAUGACCUAUGACGAAAAGCGGCAGCUCAGCCUGGACAUCAAUCGUCUGCCUGGAGAGAAACUGGGACGGGUUGUGCACAUUAUUCAGUCAAGAGAGCCUUCACUUAGGGACUCUAAUCCCGAUGAAAUCGAGAUCGACUUCGAGACGCUUAAGCCUUCUACGCUACGUGAGCUAGAGCGCUACGUCAAGUCCUGUUUACAAAAGAAGCAGAGAAAGCCUUUACCUGGCACAGGGAAAAAGCAAAGUGCGAAGUCUAAGGAGGAGCUCGCUCAGGAAAAGAAGAAAGAGUUAGAAAAGAGACUGCAGGACGUGAGCGGACAGCUGAACAACAACAAGAAACCGCCCAAAAAAGCAGAAAAGGGAGGUUCAGCGCAAUCAGGAGGACCCUCAAGACUCAGCGGUAGUAGCAGCUCUUCAGACUCUGGGACCAGCAGUACCAGUGGCACUAGUUCUGACAGCAGUGACUCAGAUUAAACACAAAGGAACCUGGAACUUUUUAAUAUUAUUUUUUUACAUUUUUUUUUUAAUCACAGAAAACAAUGUAUGCCGUUUCAAGUGGAUGUGUCUCUGAAAGACAUUUUUUAAAACAAACCCUUUAAAAGUCAUACAUUAAAAAGAAAAAAAAAAGAUGGCAAAGUCUAUUACAACAGCAGUGUGCAAGAAAAAGACUGGCAGUUAGCCACAUUUAUUUUGUGACACGGUGCUUUGAAAUGAAUGUCUUUUAAUUCUUUUUUUUCCUGUUUUUAUUUUUAUUUGACCUGAAUUAAGUUUGAGAUUACAGAAAAAUGGGCAUCAAAGUGUACAAAUCCAGCAAAUUAGUAGAGUUUGUUUUGUAAAGCCCCUUAUUUAGUGAGGCAAAGCCAAGAAAUAAGUACUUGGUACAGAUGCAUAGUUAUGAGGUUUCUUUAUAAUUAAGUCCCAGACUUUACUGAAAAGCGAUCAUGGGCCAUACAGACAUACAGAGCACAUCUGAUGUUCAUGAUACGGGUGUGUAUGCAUGUGUACCAGGAUACACACACACACACAGUUCACUCUUAUGUGCUACAAAGAGGUUGGACAGGCUGGCUUUGCUACCAUGACCCGUCACCUCCAUCUUUGUGUUGUAUGUCUGUAUAAGCCAGCGCAGAUUUCUGGAAGGAAAAGAACUAAAUAUUUUCUAAUGCUUCAAGAAUUUUUAUACGUAUACAUAAAUAAGAUUACCAGUUAAAAUAUAAAGUCCCUCAUGACAUUCCAUAAACGCUGAUAGCCACAGUUGUGUGCGUGGGUGUGGGUGUGUGUGUCUGCGUGCAUGCGUGCGUGUGUAUAUAAAUAUAUAAAUAUCUUCCUUAUUUAUUUGACAUCUCGGGUAGACAUCUUAAAAUGGAUAAAAGCCACACACAGUGCAUUGUGUUGUCCCUUUGAAAAUAUCAUUUGACGAGACAUCAGAAGUAUAGCUGGCUGGCACUGGAGGACGCUGCUGUCCGUUUUCCCUGUCCUGGUGCGAUCUCAUAGAUUUCCGACAAGGUGUGAGGAUUUACUUCAGUGUGAGUUUUAUUAGGCAGAGUGAUCGUCUUUAUCUUGGCGUACAUCAUAAGGGUGGUAGGUACUUCUAGACAGACAUACAUAUAUCUAAUCUUUCUAAUCCAAAUGUAACUAUUUGGAUAAGAGAGGAUUUGCAUUAUUACUAAACAUCUUUUUUAACUUGUGCUUUCUCAUGAUCUACAUUUUUUUUAAUCUACCUGCUCAAGAGUUUUUUUUUUUUCUCCUUUGUAGAUUAGUAUUGCAUCCAUAUUUGAGUAAGGUGUCGUUAGCUUUUAUUAACUUACAAUUUUUCUACGAAGAGCUUGCAGCUUUCGUCAGCUUACAGGCUUGUCGUGGACUGUUUCAGUUCCACUGCUACAGCAGCACAUGUGAGGGAUGAAGUGCAUUUUGUCCAUGCAGUAUCUUCUUAUUCAUGAGCUAUUCACAUGUGUUUGGAGCCAUAUUCAAAGUAAACUAUAAAGGCUGAUUACUAAUUUGUUUUUUGCUAAGUUGCCCCCCUUCAGAAAGGUUUGAUCAAAAAUCAACGAAAAUUCCGAAGUAUCAGUAAGCAUGUCCUCCCUUGAUUUACGGUUAUGUUGGGCAGCAAGCCGAAUAGCUCCUAGGUUAAGAAAAUCAAUAUUUGUAUUCAGUCAGGUUGGUUUUAAUGUUUGUUUUUUUUUUAGUUUGUGAGAGUUUAUCAUCUAUUGCUAAUUAUCUUAAUAAAAUCAUCAGGACACCCAAUCUUCUUUUCUCCCUCGUCUCUUAAGGGGGGGGUGGGGGGUCUUUAAUACUUUUUUUUUUUUUUUUUUUUUUUGUUCUGGCUAAAACUGGAAAUUCCGCAAAUGGCUAGCUACUCAUCAGAAAUGUUGGAUCAGCUCAGUCCAGAGCCUAAAAUUCCUGCCCUCUUGACUCUGAAGAUGUUCUUUAGUCGUAGCUUUGAUUACUGGGUUUUUAACAGUUUUUUUUUUUUUUUACUUGCAAAUCAAUCAAAUAAGCAUGUUGUUACUCAAAUAUUUUUUGCAUUUUUUCCACUGAUGGGACCAUUUUUAAACAACAAAGGCAUAUGGACUGUCUUAAUUGGAAUCUUUCAUAUAUAUUUCAUCUAAUGGGUCAGUUUUUUUCUUCAACCUUAAUAAAAGUUGGUAAGGAGGGAGGGGGAAAAAAAAGUGAUUCUGGGUCCCAGUGCUAUGGUGGCUAAAGUGACAGUUAUGAACUAUAAAAACGUGCUAUUUUUAAAAUACGUAUUGCUUUAACUAGUCAGGUUAUUUAAUUUUGAGCUUCGAACUGCAGACAGUAGGCGGCGCUGCUGACAUCCCUGGAUGGAUGUGAUUCAGGUGAAAUGUAGAAAGCCAACAAUUGUGGGUGGGGCAAGGGAGGUGCUUGUUAAUCAGAGAACCUUUAUUGGCUGACUCUGGCUUUGUCACUUUGGGAGGGGGGGGGUGGACGACCAAUCCCAUGUCAGGACCCGACAUGACUAGAAAAAUGAAAGGACAUUUGGGAGACUUGCUACUUGUUUGUAUGUUUGUGUGACAUCUUUUUGGAGCUGGGUUUGCCUCGUGCUUUCUUUCCUGUGUGAUUUGAAGAAGUGGGCAAUUGGAGUAAAUUCAGGUCUUGUUAAUCUGCAUAACCCCAGUGUUGUAACACAGUAGCUUUGAGUCAGACAAGGGCAAAUCUAAUAUUCUCAAAACUUGAGUAUUGCUCUCAAAAUGUAUUCAGUUUGUCUGUGAUUCAUACAAGUCGCUUGAUAAUUAGUAGCCGGUGUUUUACUUUUUUUUUCUCUUCCUACUACCCAUAAUUCACCUGAUAUAUAUUUAAUUAAGUAUGAUAAUUUGUGAUAACUAUUUUAAAGCAUUAAGUUUUUGUUUUGUUUUUGCAUGAUCUACAGCUGACCAGAGUGCAAAAAUAAACCAUUGAUGUUUCUGUGCUUUUUUUUUUUAUUUUUUAUAAUUUUUUUUGCCAUUGAUCCAGAAGCGCAGUCCCAGGAGAAUUAGGUAUUUGUGAUUGCUCCACUUAAAGCAAUAUUCACUAAUAUAAAUUCAUUUUUGGUUUACUUAGCGAGUGAUGUCUAUAGAAAUAAACGGGGGGAAAAAUAUAUAUAUAUAAAUAUAUAUUCUCACUUUUUAGUUAAUUCUUAGGCCCUGAUCAAGAUAUUAUAGUUAUUUUAUAUUUUAAAGCAAAGUUUACUUUUUAUGUAUGAUGUGCAUGCAGGUUUACUGUACUUUUUCUUACACUUUUUUUUGAGAACUGUUUAUAGUAUCUUCAUGUAAAUGUCAGUCCCGGGGGGAGGGUUAAAAUUAAAAAAAAAAAAAAAGAUUCCGUGUAAGUAGUUUUAGGGGUUGUAUUGUCGCAACUGAGGCUUUGGGAGCCUUUCCAUGGAGAACGGGGAGGGAGAAACAGAAGCUAAUAUUUGAUGUAACUGCUAACUGGGGUCCCUGCAUCUGCCAGGGGCUUCUUUUGUUUUCUUAAAAUAAAAACAAAAUGAAAAAAAAAA